UCUUGUAUUGUCCAAUAGGCCCAAGUUCUCUGAGAGGCCCAAUAUAGGAACUAUGUCUUCCUCGGGGCCUACUUUCUGUUCUGACUCAGAGACAAGCUUAGAGGUGGCAACAUCCUGGUGUUGAGGUUUAGUUAUUGUUGCCUCGAGGAAGCAAAAUCUGGGGUUUUAAUUGAUUGAGAAACAGAAGAAAAUGGCGUUGACGAAUUUCAUAUUGACUGUGGCGGGUGUGAGUGCGGUAGUUCUUUUACUACGGAGCGAUGUGAAGCAAUCAGCUGCAAUAUUCAGGCGCAAUGUUAAACAUAUUCGCAAUUGGCUUGAAGAAGAAUCUUCCGCUGCCUCCAAGGCUGGGGAGAAUAUAAAGCCCAAGGAGUUGGAGUCAAAACUUCCAGAGAAAGAUAUGCCAAAGGAGAAGCACUAACUUUCUGCAAUGGGCUGGUUGUUUGAUGAGAGUUUGUAGUAUUUUUCCUUCAACUUUUGUGACUUUUUGAUGAUUUAUUGAGAAUAAGUCUUAAUAGCAGUUGCAACAAACUUACUAUAUUUUAUUUUAAUUAUGGUUUGUUAAUAUACCAGUAUGUAACUCUGCCCCUCUACUGAUUUUAGGUUUCAUCAUUACUUUGGAGUAUCGCCUUGUAAGCCCUGUGAGGUGGUUUAAAACCUCCUGUUUGUCAUCAAUUUUAAUAUUUUCUCUACAGGAUGUAUUGAAUAUCAAUUACCGAAAACAGUUUCACAUGGGUCUUGAAGCAUUUUGGAGAAGAUUUGGCAUUAGUUUGAUGUA